GAACAAGUGGGUAACGCGUAAAGGAAAGACACUCACUCCUUCACGACUCCGUCUCCAUUAAAAUUACCCAACGAACACCUGCCGGUCUCAAGAAACUUCCACCGCUAAAUUCGCUCAGUUUCUUUCUGUUGAUCAGUUUUUCAUUUCUCCGUUUAUAGGAGAAACUCGGGUUUUGUUUUUUCUUCUUCUCCUUUAGCAUCUUGCUUUUUUAUUUGAUCGGACCACAUCUGUUGGUUCGGUCUCUGGUAGAUUAACCGUAUGCCGGAGAUCGAACAUGUCAGCGCCGAGAAUGCCUUGUUUGGAAAAUACGAGCUCGGAAAAUUACUGGGAUGCGGUGCCUUUGCAAAAGUGUAUCAUGCCCGCAAUGUCUCAACUGGGCAGAGCGUGGCAAUCAAAGUCAUCAACAAGAAGAAGAUUGCUAAUUCCAGUUUAAUGUCUAACAUUAAACGGGAGAUCUCAAUUAUGCGUCGUCUAAACCACCGUCACAUCGUCAGACUCUACGAGGUAUUAGCGACGAAAACUAAGAUUUAUUUCAUCAUGGAGUUUGUCAAAGGAGGUGAGCUAUUUGCCAAAGUUGCCAAAGGUCGAUUCAGCGAAGAUCUCAGCCGUAAAUACUUCCAACAGCUGAUCUCAGCCGUUGGCUAUUGUCACGCUAGAGGCGUCUUCCACCGAGAUUUGAAACCUGAAAAUCUCCUCAUAGAUGAAAAUGGGAAUCUAAAGGUUUCGGAUUUUGGACUCAGUGCCGUGACGGAUCAGAUCCGAAGCGAUGGGCUCUUGCAUACUUUAUGUGGAACUCCGGCUUAUGUUGCUCCAGAGAUUUUGUCAAAGAAAGGUUAUGACGGCGCUAAGGUUGAUGUCUGGUCAUGUGGUGUCAUUCUCUUUGUUUUAACGGCUGGUUAUCUGCCGUUUAACGACCCGAAUCUCAUGAACAUGUAUAAAAAGAUCUACAAAGGCGAGUUUCGGUGCCCGAAAUGGAUGUCUAACGAUCUGAAACGGUUCCUGUCUCGGCUUCUGGACACGAAUCCCGAGACGAGGAUUACCGUCGACGGGAUCCUGAGGGACCCAUGGUUCAAGAAAGGCGGUUACAAGGAAAUCAAGUUUUACGAUGACGACGAUAAUAACGUUGUUAAGUUUGACAAAGAUGAGCCGGAGAUCACUAACUUGAACGCUUUUGAUCUGAUCUCGUUUUCGUCGGGACUGGAUUUGAACGGGUUGUUAGAUGACUCGUACAACGCCGUUGACGACGGCGAACGGUUCGUGUCAUCGGAGACGCCGGAGAGACUGGUGCAGAAAGUUGAGGAGUUUGCCAAGGCUGAGAGGUUAAGGGCAAAAAGAACGAAAGAGUGGGCUUUUGAGAUUGAAGGGCAAAAUGGUAAUUUCAAUGCUGAGGUCGAAGUCUGCCGGUUAACGGAUGAACUGGUCGUUGUUGACGUGAGAAGGACAGGGGGUGAUGCCGGAUGUUUUAAGCAGAUUUGGAAAAGCAAGCUUAAGCCUGUGCUUUGCGUGAGACAAGAACAGCAACCGGAAAAUCAGGUUGCCGGUAACUGAAACUCUUUGACAUGGACGACGUGUAGCUAAUAGGCGUAUAAUAGCCUUUCGCCGGGAUAAGAUUCCGGUUCAUUGUUGUAUUAUAUUAUUAUUUAUUCGUAAAGUAACAUCUAUUUUAUUUUGAAUUUUGAAAAAGAAAAUUAAAAAUAAAUUUUUAUAGUGUUAUGUUUGUAAUUAUAUGUGUGUUUGUUCUGUGUGUUUGGAAUAAAAAUCAUCAGGCAGAUGGUGAUAGGGUGUAUAGUGUCGUUUGCUUACCCAAUUUUUGUUGUAAUAUAUAUUAUAUAAUAUAUAUAUAUUACAUAUAGGUCUUUUUUUGUA